AUGUCCCUGACGCGUCUCCUGGGCUUUGGACGCUGGCGACGGGCCAUUCUGUCACCAAGUGGGAGUACUGCUGCGCGACGAUGUUUCCACAGCUCGAGACAACACCACAACGCCCUCGAAUCGGAAAAGCUUAAAGUGUUGUUCAUGGGGAGGGAUGAAUUCUCUUGCCUUGUCCUUCGUGAACUGUACGCUGCCUCAGAUGUUUGGCAAGAACUUGUCGUUGUGACGAACCAGGACCAACGAGUGGGACGUAGGGCGAGCCAAGUAUCAGUUUCUCCCCUCAAACUAUUGGCACAAGACUUGAAGAACGUGUGGCUCGAGUACAUACCAGACACCAAACCAGAAUUCCGGAAAUGGGAGCUCCCGGCACCGUUCUCGUCAUACAGAUACUCCAGUUCUGAACACGAGAAUGGAAUCAACCACGAACCACCUCCUCCAAGCCAGCAUGUUCUGGUCACGGCGUCCUUUGGACGUAUUCUAACACGAAAACAUCUCUCUCGCUUCCUUCCAUCACGAAGGUUGAAUGUGCAUCCUUCGUUACUCCCCCAGUACCGGGGUCCAGCGCCGAUUCAGCACUCAAUAAUGAACGGAGACCCCGAGACUGGCGUCUGUGUCAUCGAAAUGCUGGACGCCGUCAAGAAGGAUGCGGUAUCACCCAAAGCAGGAAUUGACGCUGGGGAUAUCUGGGCCUCGAUGAAAAUGGCACAACCAGCCACUGCGGACUUUGCGCAAAUGCGCGAUGCACUCGCAGUCGAAGGUGGAAAACUGCUUGUCGGGGUGCUAAGGAAGAUGAAGCAGGGAAUUGAGGGUACACGUCGGUCCCAGAUUCAGCCUGACAGCCAGGUUGCCUUGCGCCCGGCCCCCAUGAUACACCUACAGGACGCUUUCGUCGAUCCGGCUAAGAUGGUGGCAGAGCAGGUCUGCCAAAAGUGGCGAGCGAUCGCACACCAGCGACCUAUUUUUACUUAUCGCGCCGAACACCAUGGGGAGAAAGAUAAAGCUGUCCAGCUACAUGGCCUUCAACUCCUACCACCCGGGUCCUCGUCGCACGUGGAAGCGGCCCUUCCUCAAGAACCCGGUUCAGCAAUCUGCACAUCAACCGAGAAAGGCCAGCCCAAGCGCAUCUUUGUCCGUUGCGAGGGUGGAGGGAUCUUCGCUCUUUCUAGCGUCAAGCCUGCUGGGAAGCCUGUGCUUCCGGCAGCUGACUAUUGGAACGGAAUCAAGGACAAACGGAAAGAUGGAUCAAUCAAAUUUGGAUCAACACUCUGA